AUGCAUCAGCAGCUUAAAACUGUUCGAAAACACCUUCCUUUAGUAAAACAGAAUGCCAAUCGUUCGUUUUGGGUUCAUUCCGUCCAAAAUACUUUAGAAACACCAAAUGUGAAACCUGAGCCCAAAAAGCCAUCUUCUCCAAUUCCCCCAACAAAUGGAAAAGAACAUGUUCGUCCCGACGGUAACGCCAAGGGCAGCAAGAAGCUUCGGAAUAGUUUUCGCUUAUUAGUUUUCUUAGGCCUUACUGGUUAUGCCGGAGGAGUGUGGUAUAGCUUUGAGGAUCCUAAGUUUUAUGAUGCAUUUGCAAAAUAUGCGCCAUUCGGUGAUCGUCUCCUUCCUGCAAUUGAGCACUCAUGGGUCGGCUACAAAUUUUUUGGGGGUAAUAAAAUUGUAAUACACGACAAGCCUAAAAUGAUGCAACCAAAUGCUUCUGAAGGAGUUUCGAGCGAUAUUGUUGGACAAGCAAAGCGUAAAGAACUGGCAAUACCUUCUGAAUUAAAACACAGCGAGUCAUCUGAUCGAGAAAGUAAUGAUAAGCCUACCACCAAGCCCAAUACCGAACCCAAUACUUCGGCUGAAGUAAAAGAAAACGCCAAAACAGUGGCCGUUUCAGACCUGGGCCUUGAUCAAGAGACUGGGCUUUCUGUUACUGCAGCUCCCGUAAUCAACCAAACAUUACAGCGAGCUCAUGAAGAGGAAAUAAAGGAUCAAACACGCAAAGUCGAAGCAUCCUUAAAUGAGGCUAAUCAACUCCGUGUUCAACUUUCGCAUUUACAGGAUGAACAAAAAGACGUUUAUGAAAAGCGCUUGAACUCAAAGAUGGAGGAAUGGAACUCAAAGAUUGGUGAACUCUUGGCAGAGCGUGAUCAACAAUGGCGUGAAUUAUUUGAACAAGAGAAACAGUUACAACAAAACAUUCAUGAUUCGAGACUACAUGAAGAGCUUGUUCGCGCGACCGCCGUCUAUGAAGCAAAAUUAAAGAACGAGUUAACAGAACAAGCCAUUGAAAUGGAACGCAUGCACCUCCAAGCUGUCAAGGCUCAAGUAGAACAAGAACGUGGUUCAAGACUUGGAAAGUUAGGUGAGCUCCGAAGCUCUUUUGAGGAGCUUCAAAAGCUUGCUCGUGGCGUCAUUUUUGACAACGGCCGUAUGACUAAAUUCAUAGAUGUACAAAAGGCCCUUGAAAAGGUAGAGAAGGAUGUCAAUCUCCGUAAUAGUCAAUCCCUUGAAAAAGAUCUCCAAGAUUUGAAGGAUGCUACCCAAGAAGACCAGCUGUCUGGCUUAGCUUUUAAUGUUAUUGACUCUACCUUACAAUCUGGCCCCGUGCUUUCCAAGAAGGAAUUACAGAUGAAGUUUGAUGUUUUAUCAAAAGAAAUUUAUAAGACCUGCUUCCUUACUGUGGACAGCGGAUUUUUAGGUCACAUGAAAAGUUUGCUUUUGAGUCAAUUACCUGCCAAUCUAUUUAAAUCUCCAGAAAUCCAGUCGGUCCAGAAUGUACUUAGUGAAGCCAGAUCCAACUUAAUGGCUGAUGAUUAUGAUGGCGUUGUCAAGAAUCUUUUGACUCUAUCUCAGUGGUCAAGAGCUUUAUCCAAGGAUUGGAUUGAGUCUUGCAGGCGCAAAUUGGAGCUACAACAAGCUAUUAAUAUCAUUAAAGGUUCCGCUUUGUACGCUUCUCAAAUGCAAGAAGAAGGUAAAGAGUGA